CCAAGAGACCAUCAGCAGCUGAGCUUCUUGUGCUGCUCCCUUGCCCCAGCAGAAGCAGAAGAAAGGCUCUGAUGUGGUCACUUCCCCUGUCAAGAGUUUCCUGGAUGAGCUGAUGUCGAAUGAGAACAAGAAGAAAGGCUGCUUCAGCACCCUGCCAAGGGACCCGGCCUGCCCCACCGAGAGGAUCUACUGGUUCACACUGAGCCAGUGCCCGAGGAAGAAUGUGGUGGGCCCAGGCUCCUACAACCCGAAGCCCAUUGAGAAAUCAGCAUGCAACAGCCAAGCCUCAUCCUGGUCAACUGCCAAGAGAUUUGACAGAAAUUUCUACCGUCUCUUUACUGGGAAUGAGAACCCUGUAGGUGUUGGUCGCUAUGACAUCUCCAAGCAUGAAAGGUACCCUCAGAAGAUAAGAUACCAGUCCCUGUACCAGUGCGAUGCCCAGCGGUACCUGAGCAACCCGAAGCGGGAUGCCUACUUGCUCGAGCGGCUCAAGCCUGUUGCUAAAAUCAACUGGUGUGAUUUGGUAUCUGCUCCACGUCGUCCAGAUACCUCUGAAGAAAUCAUUUUCCCGAAAUAAGGUGGUGCUGGAAAGCCCAGAUCAGUGAGUAAACACCGAACACGGCAGCAGAGGGGACAAGGUAGAUGAAAAUGCUUCCAGCCUGUUGGCAUGCAAGUCAAGA